AUGUACCGCAUUACCAUUCAGGAGUCAGUUUGCUCGUGUCAUCGGGCACGACAACUGUGGGACUGUUGUUAGGACAGUAAUUCAUGGCUGACUUACAACAGUAAAAAUGUAUUUAGUAACACAAAUAAUUAUUUUGUUAUUAUCCAUAUACCUCAGCAAUGCUGGAUAUGGGGUAUCGGCACCAUAUAGCGAUCCAUAUGAACAAUCCGACGUGCAGGCUCCAGCAUACGUACCAUCGUAUUUGAAAAACCAACGGUACAGUGGUGGCACAAAAACCGGCUACACAGGAACGAAAACCGGCUACACAGGCACUAAAACCGGGUACAGUGGCACCAAAACCGCGUACACCGGCACUAAAACCGGGUAUAGUGGAACGAAAACCGGGUAUUCUGGAACUAAGACCGGUUAUGGAACCAAGUCCAGAUACUCUGAAAGUAAAACUUGGUAUUCUAAUAAUGGUGCUGUGCCUAACUACAACGAGUUCCAGAACAACGCUAACAUGCCAUUUAAUCCAAAAUGCGAGCCGGCGUGCAAGAACGCGGGUAUCUGCGUGGACACGAACACGUGCGAGUGCCCCGCCAACUUCCACGGCAAGUUCUGCGAGUUCGAGAAGAAGCCCUGCCUCUCCUACCCUCCCCUGCCCAUGAACUCCGCUAGGAAGUGCUCCUCAGAACUAUGCACGAUCACUUGCGUAGAAGGCCACAGGUUCAUCGAUGGUUCUACCGUUGCCAACAUGCGUUGUAUGGACGGGCAGUGGCAGCCGACGAGGGCAGACUUCACCACCAUUCCCGACUGUAUGCCCGAGUGUAACCCUCCCUGUCAGAACGGAGGAGUGUGUCUCGCUGUCAACAUGUGCGAAUGUCCUUCAGAGUUUAGGGGACCUCAGUGCCAGUAUUCGGUCAGUGCCUGCGACAUUCGCAAGCUAGCUUUCAACGGCGCGUACGAUUGUUUCGGAGACAGUGAGUCUUCCAACUGCAUCCUGACCUGCCCGGCCGGCAGCACGUUCAGCUCGCCCGCCGCCGAGCUCUACACCUGCAAGUACUCCACCGGCAUCUACGAGCCACAGCCUAUACCACACUGCGUUUUCCCUGAAGUCGUGGUAAUUACACCAGGCAGCCACAGAUACAACAGUACAUACACGUACUACUCUGAAACAUCAAGCCAAUCCCAUGGUCACCAGGAGAUGACAAGCCAGAGUCAAACCCACCGUUCUAUGGGAGGAAGCUCCCACAGCUCCAUUGAAGACCAGACCACACAUGGUAUGCACGGAUCUCUCUCCUCGUACGGCACGGGACGGCCUAUCGUCGUGAUACAGGAUCGGACGCCUAAAGGAGGGACUUGCUUAACCUGGGCCGGUGUACAUUAUAAGACUUUUGAUGGGAAGAUCUAUAGUUUCCAAUCACCCUGCCAACAUAUCUUGGUCCGCGAAGCGAAGGAGCACCAGUACUCAGUAGAGAUCAAGCACGGCGUCUGCAAAAACCCUGCUGUUUGCCCAAGCGAGCUGACAGUCUACCUCGAUGAUAAGUUCUACGUUCUGGGUGUUGGAGAGGACGGAUCCGUGGUGUUCCGUAACACGAAGCGUCUGAUCCCAAUCCCGGCAUCGCUGCCCGGUAUCCGUGUUGCCAUGCCCAGCGACUACGUCGUUGUAAACCUGGACGCCGUCGGAGUCACCAUCAAAUGGGAUACCAAUAAUGUGGUACUUGUGGAAGGAUCAGUCGUUCUGUGGAACAACACGGAAGGUCUCUGUGGCACCCUCAACGGCAACCCGGAGGAUGACUUCAUGACCAGGGACAAAACUAUCGCCAAAACAAAGUCUGUUCUCGCUUCGUCGUGGCAAGUCAAUAAGAUUGGAGAUGUAUGUGACAGCCAACCAACAGAAACGAGCGCUUGCGCAUCUAAAUCUGACGAUGACAUGACAAAAGCUCAACACUUCUGCGCUACGAUAUUCUCGAAAGAUAAAUUCAGGAAGUGUUCGAAGGUUAUGGACGUGACCCUCUUACUGGAAGCUUGCGCGUGGGACUACUGCGCUUGCACCACCAGCUUAAGUCCCGAAGAGUGCGCUUGCAGUACCGUCUCAGUGUACGCUAAGGAAUGCCUCCGACACGGAGUCGAAGAGAUGAAAGACUGGCGGGAUGCUGAAACUUGUCCCAUGAAGUGUCCAGAAGGCAAGAUCUACAAGGCUUGCGGUCCAGACUCGCAGCCAAGUUGUGCGUUCCCCCUGGUAUCCGCGAAGGCCACCAACGCUUCCUGCGUGGAGGGCUGCUUCUGUCCUGAAGGGUUAUUGCUUGAGGGGGGCAAGUGUGUGCCCAAGACCGAGUGCCCCUGCAGGCUGAGGAACAAGAGCUUCAAGCCCGGAUCUACUAUUAAGAAGGAUUGUAAUACUUGUACAUGCGAGGCGGGUGCGUGGACGUGUACGCAGAUAGCGUGCGGGGCGCGGUGCGGCGCCGUGGGGGACCCGCACUACUACACGUUCGACGGCCUGCGGUACGACUUCAUGGGCCGCUGCACAUACACCAUGCUGCAGACUGACAAUGUCACUGUUGAGGUCGAGAAUGUCGCCUGCUCCGGGGCUAUCACUGAGGCAAUGAAUCUAAGCCCCUUCAAGGGCGCAGGGAAGCCAUCUUGCACGAAAGCGGUGAACAUUAACUACGACGGCGCUAGUGUGCACAUGAAGCAAGGAGGCUUCAUUCUGGUCAACGGCAAGGAGGUUUCGACCUUACCUGUCAUGGCGGGCGAUAUCAGGAUCCGAGCCGCGUCUUCUAUGUUUAUUAUUGUGCAACUCCCCAACAAAGUGGACUUGUGGUGGGAUGGCAACACUCGCGUCUUCAUUGAUGUACCCGCUGAGUUCCAAGGAAAGACUAAGGGUCUUUGCGGAACCUUCAACUUGAAUCAAAAGGACGACUUCUUGACUCCUGAGAACGACAUAGAGCAGUCAGCUCUAGCGUUUGCCAACAAAUGGAAGACCAGGGAGAUGUGCACUGACAUCGACACUAAGGAACCGGAGCACCCUUGUAAAGCUAACAUUGAGAAUAAGGCCGCCGCUGAGAAGUACUGCAGCAAACUGAAGAGCAAGGUCUUUGAAGCUUGCCACUGGUACGUGGACGUGGAGCCAUUCUACGAGGCGUGCGUGUACGACAUGUGUGCGUGCGGCAGCGCGGAAGUCAGUCGCUGCCUGUGUCCCGUGCUGGGAGACUACGCCAUGCAGUGCGCCAAGGCCGGCGUGCUCAUACAGUGGCGGUAUAGCGUGCAGGAGUGCGAGCUGCAGUGUACGGGCGGGCAGCAGUACACGGUGUGCGCGGACAGUUGCCUCCGCAAGUGCAGCGACUCGGCGCUGGCCGCCAGCGGGACCUGCAAGCCCUGCUGUGUCGAGGGCUGCGCCUGCCCGCCUGGACAGCUACUAGAUGACAACAACGUAUGUGUGCCGACCGGGCUAUGUCCGUGCUACCACAAGGGGUUGCAGUUCAACGCCGGAUACAAAGAAGUUAGAGCCGGCAGGAGAGAGAGGGAGCUAUGUACGUGUGUGGGGGCGCGCUGGGACUGCAAGCCGGCGAGUCCGGCGGACAUCCAGAACUACCCGCCGGCCGAGGACCUGCGCUCCAACUGCAGCGCCACCAGCAACAUGGAGUUCACCACCUGCGAGAUUGCUGAGCCACUUACUUGCAAGAACAUGCACCUCCCCCCAUCAUCGACGACAGCAGAAUGCCGACCGGGCUGCCAAUGCAAGAAGGGCUACGUCCUGGACACGGUGUCCAAGAAGUGUGUGUCUCCCGCGCAGUGCCCGUGCCACCAUGGCGGCAGGAGCUACCCCGACGGACAUACCAUGCAGGAGGAGUGUAAUAAAUGUGAGUGUAAGAGCGGUAACUGGACGUGUACGCAGCGUAAAUGCGCCGGCAUUUGUUCAGCGUGGGGCGACUCCCACGUGGUCACCUUCGACGGCACUGACUAUGACUUCGAGGGCGUCUGUACUUAUCUCCUGGCCAAGGGCGUCAUGGACAGCAAGGAUGGAUUCGAUGUGGAAAUUCAAAACGUUCCAUGCGGUACUACUGGCGCUACGUGCUCCAAAUCAGUGACCCUGAAGGUCGGCAGUGGAAAUGAUGAGGAGAUCGUCUCUCUUACCAAGGAUUCUCCGCUCCCAGACAUAUCUAAACUGAAGAGAAUCAAGAUGCGUAUAGCGGGUGGCUAUGUGUUCCUGGACGUGCCAACCCUGGGCAUGAGCCUGCAGUGGGACCGCGGUAUGAGGGUCUACGUCAAGGUUGAAUCCAUCUGGCAAGGAAGGGUGAAAGGUCUGUGCGGUAACUACAACGGGGACAUGCGCGACGACUUCCAGACUCCGUCAGGCGGUGGUAUGGCGGAGUCCUCAGCCCUCAUCUUCGCUGACUCCUGGAAACUUAAGCCCACCUGUCCUAAACCACAACGUAUACUGGAUCACUGCAAGCAACGGCCAGAACGUAAAGAAUGGGCGUCGUCAGUAUGCAGCAAGAUGAAGCAGUUCCCGUUCACGCUGUGCCACGUGGAGGUGUCCCCGUCCCCGUACAUCGAGCGCUGCACGCGCGACGCCUGCGCCUGCGACUCGGGCGCCGACUGCGAGUGCGCCUGCACGGCGCUGGCCGCGUACGCGCAUGCAUGCGCACACAGGGGCGUCACCUUCAAGUGGAGGACGCAGGAGACUUGUCCGAUGCAAUGCGACGAGGAGUGCUCUAACUACGACGCCUGCCUACCCGCUUGCCCGUUGGAGACGUGCGACAACACCCUGUAUUACGCUGAUAUGAAGACCAGCUGCGAACAGGAGACUUGUAUUGAAGGCUGCAAACCGAAGAAGUCAUGUCCAGAAGGGCAGGUAUACAAGAACGGUACCCACAAGGAGUGCGUGCCCCGCGCGCGGUGCAAGCCCGUGUGUAUGGUGCUGGACGACGGACGGGAGGUCUCGGAGGGAGAGGUCAUCGAGGAGGACGCCUGCCAUACCUGUCGCUGCUCUAAAAAGCAGAAGAUCUGUACUGGACAGCCUUGUACUACCAUUGUUGAAACUCCCCGCGAAGAAGUAACCCCGAAGCCUCACGACGAGCCACUGAAGUGUGUGACGGGGUGGACCACCUGGAUCAACCGAGGGGAGCCCGAGGUAGGCCCGCACGGAGAGUCCAUCGACAACGAACCAUUGCCACGACCUAAUGAACUGACUAUCGGCACACCAAUGUGCAAAGAGAAGAUGAUGAAGAAGAUAGAGUGCCGUACUGUAGGCGACCACAGGACUCCCAAGGAGACAGGUCUGGACGUGGAGUGCAGCCUGGAGCGAGGGCUGUACUGCAAGGAGGUCGGCGGGAGGAAGUGUGUGGACUUCGAGAUCAGGGUCUACUGCGAGUGCGAGGAACCAUCUCUGUGCGAGAACUCGGUCCGUCCGAACGAGCCGCACCCGUCAGACUGCACGAAGUUCUACGAGUGCGGCCCGGACGGGCCCGUGCUGAAGUCGUGCGGGCCCGGCACCUUGUACAACAAUGUCACCAUGGUCUGCGACUGGCCGGCCAGUGUCGCCCUCGUCAGACCCGACUGUGGCGAAACUACUCCAAGUGCUGCCUCCACAACAACAGUGGUACCCCCGCAGUCGACACUGUCGACGGCGUCCCCGUGUCCGCCGGGCCAGGAGUACUCGGCCUGCGCCUACCGCUGCGACAGGCUCUGCGACUACUUCCGCAGGACCAUGGUGCAGAGGGGACGCUGUAUUGGAGAGCUUUGCGUGGACGGGUGCGUCAGUAAGAAGUGUCCGCCCGACUCGUACUGGCGAGACGAGAAGACAUGCGUGCCGCGCAAGGAUUGUACCUGCUUCGCUGACGAUAAGAUCAUUAAGCCUGGUGGCGUAGUAGCAGACGGCUGCAUCAAGUGCCAGUGUCUAGACAACGACAUGCAUUGUGACUCGAGCGACUGCGUCAUGGUCAGCACGCAAGUACAAGGCUCCACGCACGAACCGAUCAUCGAACCCCACAUACUGCCCACGCCUUCCACUACGACUUCCAGUACGACUACUACGACCACUACUACGCCGAAACCGACUACUGUUCAGAAGGUUACGUCACCGCCUCCUGAGUGCUCGAAAGAUAACCUAAUGGACCUGAUGUGGGGAGACCAGCCACUCCCUGACUCGUCAUUCAGCGCCAGCUCCGUCGCCAGCAAACUCUUCGAACCGCAGUAUGCCAGGCUCAACGGACACCCACUUGACGUCACUGCCGGCAGCUGGAACCCAGCCACUCAAGAUCAGAACCAGUACAUCCAAGUGGAACUGCCUCGUCGGGAGCCGAUCUUCGGCGUGAAGAUGCAGGGCAGCCCACUCUUCGACCAGUACGUUACCAGCUACGAGGUGUUGUAUGGAGACAGCAAUGAUACUCUUGAAGUCAUCAAGGGACCUGAUGGUAAACCAAAGGUAUUCAAAGGACCUUCAGACAACCGCACACCAGAGUCACAAUGGCUGGAACCGCCGGUCGAAGCCAAGGUCAUCCGCAUACACCCCCUCACAUGGCACGAAGAGAUCUCCAUAAGAUUCGAACUAGUCGGUUGUAGCGAGGAAACAACCACCGCCUUCGCUUCCACGGGUACUACACCGACUUUCCCGACUUCUCCGACUGUUCCGAGUACGAAGACUACGCCACCGACUGUUCCGACUACGCCGACUACGGCAGUUCCUUCUACAAAGACUACUAUAGCUGUUCCUUUGAUUAUUCCAAGCACUGUGUCACCGCCGCCUCUUUGUGAUCCGAACAGCUACUUGGACCUGAUGUGGGGAGACCAGCCUCUGCCAGAGUCCUCGUUCAGCGCCAGCUCCGUGGCCAGCGGACUGUUCGAGCCACAGUACGCCAAGCUCAACGGACACCCGAAGGAUGUCACUGCUGGUAGUUGGAACCCGGCCACCCAGGAUCAGAACCAGUACAUCCAAGUGGAGUUCCCUCGCCGGGAGCCGGUGUACGGAGUGAAGAUGCAGGGCAGCCCACUAUUCGACCAGUACGUCACCAGCUACAAGGUCCUGUACAGCGAUGAUGGAGUCUCCUUCUCCACUGUCAACGGACCUGAUGGGAAGCCGAAGGUGUUCCGCGGUCCAGUAGAGCACAACACAGUGUCCCAACAGAUGAUAGAGCCUCCAGUAGAGGCCAAGGUAUACCGCAUCCAGCCCCUGACAUGGCACGAGGAGAUCUCCGUCCGGUUCGAGCUCAUCGGCUGCAAGCAACCGCACAACUCCAUGGAGACCACUCUCACUACUAUCAUUCCUCGAGAGCCAGAAUGCCUGGAACCCUUAGGUCUUGGCGCUGAUCUUCCACUGGAGAGCAUCGAAGUGAGCUCCAACAGCGAGGCGCGGCGGUACUUCAAGUUGGAUGGAGAGAGGGGAUGGAGACCGCUCUACAGCACGCCUGGAGAAUGGAUCAUGUUCAACUUCACAUCGCCGAGAAACAUAACGGGUAUCAAGACUAAGGGUGGUCCAAAGGGAUGGGUGUCCACCUACAAGAUCAUGUACACCUCAGACCUGUCCACCUUCAACCCUGUAGUGGACGACAAGGGAGAGAAGGUGUUCCCAGGAAACUUCGACCGCGAUACUGUACAGUUUGAGGAGUUCUACCCACCCAUACAUGCGCAGUACUUGAAGGUAUUGCCUUUGACCUGGAAGGAUAAUAUUGAGAUGAGAAUCGAACCUAUUGGAUGCUUUGAGCCUUACCCUGUAACAGAGAAGCUUCCAGAAGUAACGACCUCCCGCUACCGAGAGCCGUCCCUCACUGAGCCGACUACUUGCGAGCUCUGUCCGAACGUGCAGAAGUUGGAGGAAGGCAACAGCUGCGACUGCAAGGCCCCUGCCAAGUACUACGAUGGAGAGAACUGUGUCACCAGGGACCAGUGCCCUUGUGUCGAGUCGUUUAUGUCUUACCCAGUGGGGUCCACGUUCCGCGGCGCCAACUGCGACGAGUGCGUGUGUAAGCUGGGCGGGUCCACCAGCUGCACGCCCGGCAAGCAGUGCAUCUGUGCUCCGGAUCUAGUACCAAAACUCUCACCAUCUACGUGCGAGUGCACUUGCGAGCCAUGUCCAUCAGGCACGAAGAUCUGUCCGACGAGCAAGCUCUGUCUCCCACUGGACAAGUGGUGCGAUGGUCUCCAGGACUGCCCUGAUGAUGAGAAGGAUUGUGCCACCACCCCCACUACUCCAAUGACCACGGUGGUAGAGAAGGAGGUGGUCACCACCCAGUCUCCCCCCACUGUUGCUGGUGCCGUUACUACUGCUAAACCUCUCGAAUGUCCGAAGGUGGAAUGUCCUCCAGGGUACACCGUGGUGUACACGUCCACGGAGCCAAGCACCCCUCGCUCCACGUACGGCUCGGCCACUGAACUCCCUCCGCCAAGGCCCAGGUACUCCUACCAGAGGUACCAGAGAGGUUACUCCAAGGGAGGAUACUCUAAAGGAGGGUAUUCUAAGGGAGGGUAUUCGAAGGGUGGAUAUUCUAAAGGCGGAUACUCCAAAGGCGGCCUGCCAGCACCUCGUCCGAACCAAGCGUUCUCCCUGGACAAGCCAGAUGUAAGCUCCUCCACCAAGACCCCGGCCACCAAGAAAGAAUGUGCGCAGUUCAAGUGCAUCCCUAAACUCCCCCCCUUCAAACCUGGUGGAGGUGUCACCCCUCCCCCCGUGUGCUCUGUCGUCACCUGUCCUCCGGGAUACUCUCUCAAACUGGAAAAAUCUGCUUCUGGAUCCAACAAGUGUCCUCAAUACGAGUGCGUGCCCCCACCGGAACGGCCCGUGUACUGUAACGUGACGGGCCGCACUUUCAACACGUUCGACGGCGUGGAGUACAAGUACGACGCCUGCUUCCACAUCCUCGCUCGGGAGAAUAGGUUCGAUGCCUGGACUAUACUCAUCCGCAAGAAAUGUCGCCUGGACGGAUGUCAGAACGAGCUCCUAAUCCUGCAAGAUGACCAGCUGAUCCUGGUGAAGCCCAACAUGAUGAUAGAGUACGACAACUACGAGUACACGGUGGAGCAGACCAGCAAGAUCUGCUUCCAGAAGAACAGCUUCAACGUCGACCGGCUCGGCAACGGCAUCGCCAUCAAGUCCAGGAAGUACAACUUCACCGUGCUUUAUACUUCCGAAGGAGAUAUUAAGAUUGGGGUGUUCAAAAGCUACAUGGGCGCAGUGGACGGUCUGUGCGGAGCGUUCGACGGGUCCCCGAACAACGACAGACGGUUGCCCGACGGUAGACUGGCCACCAGCAUCGAUGAGUUUGGCCGCGCCUGGGCCAAGCCGGGUCUACCUGCCGACGCCUGCCAGACCAAGAUCAUCUCUGAUGAGAAGCAGAGGAGGGCUUGGGCUCUUUGUGAUGUGAUUACCAAAGAACCACUGUCGCAAUGCGGCCACGUACUAAACCUGCACAAAUGGCGCAACAUAUGCCUGGAGAAGAUCUGCUCGUGUACCGAGCUGGUGGUGAACGGCACGCACCGCACCGAGGAGGAGUGUCGCUGUCUACUGCUCGACCAGCUCGUGGCCGAGUGCCUCGCGGCUGACAAGAACGUUGAUCUAGCCAACUGGAGGAUGCUCAUGGAUUGUCCGGCGGAGUGUCCCCCUCCCCUGGUGCACUACGACUGCUACCGCAAGCAGUGCGAGCCGACGUGCUCGGGCUUCGGUCUGGCGCGCUCGUGUCCCGCAGUGGAGGGCCAGUGCUUCCCCGGCUGCUACUGUCCUGAAGGAAAGCUCAGGGUCGGAGACCAGUGCAUCCUGCCUACUGACUGUCUUGACUGUGCCUGUAACGGAGUAGGAACUCCAGCAAAAUACGUGACCUUUGAAGGAGACGACCUUCCAUUCCUGGGCAACUGCACGUACCUCGCGUCCAGGGACAGGAACGAGACUGGAGAGCACAAGUACGAGGUCUACUCCACCAAUGGACCCUGUGAGGACAACAGCGAUGUAGUCUGCACCAAGGCCGUCCACCUCGUGUAUGAGAAGAAGGUCAUUCAUGUCACCAAGAAUGAUGAUACGAAGAAGUUGCUUACCACGAUCGGCGACGAGGCAAUAUUCAAGUACCCCGUGAAGAAGGACUGGGUGGCCAUCAGCCAGGACAACGGACAGGACGUCACCAUUCUACUGCCUGAUAUACACGUCGAGCUAACAGUCCUGCAACCUAAGAUGGAGUUCAGAGUGCGUGUCCCGUCGUUCCUGUACGCUAACCGGACCGAGGGACUCUGCGGCGUCUGCGCAGGGUACCAGGACGUACUCGUCACUAGCAACGGCACGGAGACUGAAGAUUUCGAUGAGUACGGCAAGAGUUGGCAAGCAUCACCAUCCACACUGAAGACCCUGGACAUAUCGGACCAAGGCCAGUGCGACCAGCCUCCCCCUCCUCCCGAGUGUAAGCUCCCCCCUCCGGAGUUCAACCCCUGCUACAACCUGUACAAUGCUGACCGGUUUGGAGCUUGCCAUGCGCUGGUAGAGCCCCAACCAUACGUGGAGGCAUGCGAGGCGGACCUGUGUGCCAACGCCACGGACUUCUGCGCGUCGGCCGAGCGGUACGUCGCCGACUGCAGCCGUCUCGGGGUCUGUCUGCCGCACUGGAGGACUGACCUCUGUGUCUACCCUUGCGAGGAGCCACUAGUGUACCGCGCGUGUGUCAAAUGCGAGAUGACGUGUGAGAACAGCGACGAGCUGACCAAGAACCCUGACAAAUGCGACAAAGCCGCCGUUGAAGGGUGCUUCUGUCCUGAAGGAAAGGUACGAGUGAACAACACGUGCAUCGAACCUACGAAGUGCUUCCCCUGCGACUCCAAGAAGGAACACUACGCUGGCGACGAAUGGCAGGAGGACGCGUGCACGUCGUGUUCGUGCAGCAAGUUGGCGGGGUCGGACACGGCGCACGUGGCCUGCACCACCCACACGUGCUCCGCGCCGCUCUGCGCCGAUACUGAGGACCUCAUCAUCACGCCCGCUAAACCGGGAGUCUGCUGCGAUGACUACCUCUGUAUUCCGAAACCAAAGAAGAAUUGCACAGAAGCUAAGAAGAUGGACUGCGGUUAUGGUCAAGUGCUGAAGCAGAAGACUACCGCUGAUGGAUGCACCGAGUUCGCUUGUGAAUGCAUGCCUGCCAGUCAAUGUGCGUCCCUAAACGACAAGGACGUGGAAGUGUUCGAGCCGGGCAUGGAGCGCGUCGUGGACAACAGUGGCUGCUGCCCACGCGUGGACUAUAUCUGCAAGGUGGACUCCUGCCCACUCUCCCCCGCCUGCCCACAGUUCCACGACCUCAAGGUCUAUAAUACUUCUGGAAAAUGCUGCCCGGAGUAUAAGUGCGAGCUGCCCAAGGACAAGUGUAUUGUAAAACUGGAAUGGGAAGCUGCGUCGAAGGGUGGAGAGAAACCGCGCACCACACCACAGACUAUCUUCAAAGAUGUGGACGCAGUAUGGCUAGACGGACCAUGUCGGUCGUGUAAAUGCGAAUCAUCCCCCCUGGGUACAUCUGCCCGGUGCCGCGUCACGGAGUGCGGCGUCAUAGUAAGCACGGACCAGUUCGUGCUCGAACCACGACCUGUGCCCUUCCAGUGCUGUCCUGAACCUGUGCACGUCGCGUGUAGAGAUGGAGAUAAUAUCUACAAGGUUGGCGAGAACUGGACGUCUCCCACGAACCCGUGCGAGAGCUACAAGUGCGAGCAGACGGAGACGGGAGGCAAGCUGGAGAAGGUCACCACUGUACAACAGUGCCACACUGAAUGUCAACCUGGUUGGAAGUACUUCCCAGCGAGUCCAGAGAGCAAGGAAUGCUGCGGCAAGUGUGAGCCGGUGGCGUGUAUCGUGGACGGGAAGGAACGGCCCAUCGGGGAGAAGUGGACCUCCAGCGACUUCUGCGCCAACUACACCUGCAUCAAUGUCAAUGGAACGCUCCAAGUGCAAUGUUCAAACGAGACAUGUCCUGAAGUGUCGGAGGCCACGAGGAAGCAGUUCGUGCUGAGCAAUGAGAAGGUGGACGGCAAGUGUUGUCCCGUUGAGGAACCUACUGCCUGUCGCGUCGGGAACCUUAUCUACCAGGAGGGUCAAACCUGGCCAUCGCCGACGGACCCGUGCAAGAACAUAACGUGCGGGCGCGACUACAAGGGCCAGUUGUCGCACGUGGAGAGCGUGGCCACGUGCACCGCGCACUGCAACAAGGGCUGGACCUACUCGCCGCCCCCGCCCCACGUCUGCUGCGGACGAUGCGUGCAGACCGACUGUGUCGUCGAUGAUAAGGUGGUCGCUCCAGGCACGACCUGGCAGUCUGCGGACAACUGCACGACGUACUCGUGCGACAAGUCGGGCGAGGAGGUGUUCGUGUCGUCGUCGACGCAGUUCUGCCCCGACGUGUCGCACUGCGCGCCCGAGAACCUCGUCAACGACACCUGCUGCCAGGUCUGCGAGGAACAUCCCGAGGCACUCAGUAAAUGCGUCCCGACCAGCAUAUCUCCGUCGGACUCAGUAGGCCUGCUCCGCAUCCACCUGGGUCCGCACGGGCUGUGUGUGAACAAGGCGCCGCUGCGAGGGUUCAAGGAGUGCCGCGGGACGUGCGACUCCGGCACUCUUUACAAUAACCAAACGGGUGUCCACGAUUCCCGUUGCGAGUGUUGCCAGGCGACUAAGUACGGGUCCCUGGACGUGACGCUGAGCUGCGAGGACGGCUCCGUGCAACAACACCGCGUGGCCACGCCCAGUACUUGCGCCUGCGCAGCCUGCGGAGGACCGGAGCGACCGCUGUGGCCUACUAAGUCAGGUUACGAUGGAGUUAAGUCCCCGCCGCGCCGUCCCCCAGUCGACGAAGACGCUAUACCAGAAAUAUACCAAAGAUUCGGAACAACGCGCCCCCAACGAUAAACAACGCACCUUAACACAACGUCAUAAGAUUCAAAAUCGUAUGCACGUAUCUCAAAAUGCUUUAUAAACGAAAAUAGUCUGUAAGUCAAUGCCUUAAAGUACAAAGUACACAAUUUGCUAUAGUUCUAUACUGUUUUGUGAUGUUUACUUGAAAUAAAUAUGUAUUAUAUUCCUGUAAAUAUGAAAUACAGCAAAUUUUGAAAA